ACUAGAUCAACAUGAAAUUCUUAAUAGUUUUCGCUUUGGCUUUAGCCUCAGUUUCUGCUAGUGAAAUCCGUUCACGCAGUGUUAUUGCACCUGCUUUCCAAACUGAGGGUCGCAUUACCAAUGGUCAAGAUGCCACCGUAGGACAAUUCCCCUAUCAAGUGGGUCUUUCCUUGAAAAUUGAUGACACUCGCUACACCUGGUGUGGUGGCUCUGUGAUCAGCAAUGAAUGGAUAUUGACUGCUGCUCACUGCACUGACAAAAUUGUAUCAGCUACUGUCUAUUUGGGUGCCACCUUCCGUACCGAAGCUGAAGUUAAAUACACUGUUUAUCCCGAAGAUAUCAUUAUCCAUCCUGAAUGGAAUUUCCAAUUGUUGAUCAAUGAUAUUUCCCUGGUUAAAAUUCCCGAAACUGCCUACACCGCUUUGAUUCAACCCAUUGAAUUGCCCGCUAUUGCCAGCUCCUACCCUACCUAUGCCGGUGAAAUGGUUAUUGCUUCUGGUUGGGGUCUUAUUUCUGAUGCUGCUACCCAAGUUACCGACGAUUUGCAAUGGGCCCGUUUAGAAGUCAUCACCAAUGCUGUUUGUGCCAGAACUUACGGUGGCAUUAUAACCUCAUCCAACUUAUGUGUUAAGACUCCCGGCGGUACUUCCACCUGUCGUGGUGAUUCUGGCGGCCCAUUGGUUUUGGAAUCUACCGGUGUUCAAAUUCCUUUAACUUCUUUCGGUUCUGCUUUGGGCUGCGAAAAGGGUUACCCAGCUGCCUUCACUCGCCUUACCAGCUAUUUGGAAUGGAUUCGUGAACAUACUGGAGUUUCUUACUAAUUUAAUGUAGUAUUUUUAGAAAAUAUUAAAUAAAAUUCAUAUGAAUUUAUCCUGUACCUGAA